AUGACUACUGUUGAGACUACAAUUGAGACAACACCUCCUCCAACAACGGCCAAGACAACAACCGAAGUUACCACUGUCCGACCCACAACCAUUCAAACAACAGUCGGCUCAACAAACAUCCAAACAUCUACCCAUCCUACAAACACCGGAACAACAGCUCCAUCUACAACUUUUGCAUCUACAGCCCCAUCCACAACCAUUCAAACAACAGUCCCUCCCACUACUGCCCAAACAACAGCUCCAUCCACAACUCUUGCAUCUACAGCCCCAUCCACUACCAUCCAAACUACAGCCUCUCCUACUACUGCCCAAACAACAGCUCCAUCCACAACUCUUGCAUCUACAGCCACACCCACAACCAUCCAAACAGCCGAUACUACUACUGCCCAAACAACAGCUCCAUCCACAACUCUUGGUACUACAGCCCCAUCCACUACCAUCCAAACUACAGCCUCUCCUACUACUGCCCAAACAACAGCUCCAUCCACAACUCUUGCAUCUACAGCCCCAUCUACAACCAUUCAAACAACAGUCCCUCCCACUACUGCCCAAACAACAGCUCCAUCCACAACUCUUGGUACUACAGCCCCAUCCACUACCAUCCAAACUACAGCCUCUCCUACUACUGCCCAAACAACAGCUCCAUCCACAACUCUCGCAACUACAGCCCCAUCCACAACCAUCCAAACAACAUCCCCUCCUACUACUACUACCCAUACAACAGCUUCAUCCACAACUCUUGCAUCUACAGCACCACCCACUACCAUCCAAACUACAACCUCUCCUACUACUGCCCAAACAACAGCUCCAUCCACAACACUUGUAUCUACAGCCACAUCCACUACCAUCCAAACAACAGCCGAUACUACUACUGCCCAAACAACUGUCCGAUCUACAACUCUUGCAACUACAGCCCCAUCUACAACCAUCCAAACAACAUCCUCUCCUACUACUGCCCAAACAACAUCUCCAUCCACAACACUUGCAUCUACAGCCCCAUCCACUACCAUCCAAACAACAUCCUCUCCUACUACUGCCCAAACAACAGCUCCAUCCACAACUCUCGCAACUACAGCCCCAUCCACUACCAUCCAAACAACAUCCCCUCCUACUACUGCCCAAACUACAGCCCCAUCCACUACCAUCCAAACAACUGCCGAUACUACUACUGCCCAAACAACAGCUCCUUCCACAACUCUUGAAACUACAGCCCCAUCCACUACCAUCCAAACAACUGCCGACACUACUACUGCCCAAACAACAGUCCCUCCUACUACUGCCAAAACAACAGCUCUAUCCGAAACUCUCGCAACUACAACCCCAUCCACAACCAUCCGAACAACAGUCCCUCCUACUACUGCCCAAACAACAGUUCUGGACGGAACAACAACUCUUGGUACUACAGCCCCAUCCACUACCAUCCAAACAACAUUUCCUCCCACUACAACCCAAACAAUAGCUCCAUCCACAACUCUUCCAACUACAGCCCCAUCCACUACCAUCCAAACAACAGCCGAUACUACUAUUGCCAAAACAACAGCUCCUUCCACUACUCUUGAAACUACAGCCCCAUCCACUACCAUCCAAACAACUGCCGAUACUACUACUGCCCAAACAACAGUCCCUCCUACUACUGCCAAAACAACAGCUCCAUCCGAAACUCUUGCAACUACAGCCCCAUCCACUACCAUCCAAACUACAGCCUCUCCUACUACUGCCCAAACAACAUCUCCAUCCACAUCUCUUGCAUCUACAGCCCCACCCACUACCAUACAAACAACAGUCGAUACUAGUACUGCCCAAACAACUGUUCAAUCUACAACUCUUGCAAAUACAGCACCACGCACUACCAUCCGAACAGCCGAUACUACUACUCCCCAAACGACAGCUCCAUCAACAACUCUUGCAACUACAGCACCAUCCACUACAAUCCAAACAACAGCCGAUACUACUACUGCCCAAACAACUGUCCAAUCUACAACUCUUGCAACUACAGCCCCAUCCACAACCAUCCAAACAACAUCCUCUCCUACUACCGCCCAAACAACAGCUCCAUCCACAACUCUUGGUACUACAGCCCCAUCCACUACCAUCCAAACAACUGCCGAUACUACUACUGCCCAAACAACAGUCCCUCCUACUACUGCCAAAACAACACCUCCAUCCACAACUCUUGCAACUACAGCCCCAUCCACUACCAUCCAAACAACAGCCGAUACUACUACUGCCCAAACAACAGCUCCAUCCACAACACUUGCAUCUACAGCACCAUCCACAACCAUUCAAACAACAGUCCCUCCUACUACUGCCCAAACAACAGAUCUGGACAGAGCAACAACUCUUGACUUUAGCAUCGCCUGA